AUGGUCCAACAAUGGCUACCAGGCAUGAAAUUGGGGUUGUUUAAAUCGAGUAGAGGCCAGCCACAACACCUUUUUCUCAUUUCACAAGUCAGUCCACAAAUUCCAACUCUAGGGGCAUUUACUUUAGGUGUUGAUCCAAACAACACAAAGCAGCUUGGAAUCUGGCAAAGCGGAGUUCUUUACUGGCGCAGUGGGAUGUGGAAUGGGUAUAACUUUAGCUACUUUCCAAGUAGUAAUAAUGAAUUCAAUUUAAGGUAUUUCUCGGAUGAGAACCAAAGCUAUUUCACUUUUAGCAGAACUGAUAACGAUUUUCCAUCUUUGAUUGAUAUGGACUCAUCUGGAAACAUUCGCAUAUUUAAAACAGAAGACGAUGGUUGGUCGUUAGAUGCGUAUUACUGUUAUGAUAGCCAAGGACUAGAAUACAGUAAUAACUUGGGGUGUGUAGCCCCUAAUCCAUCCAACUGUACUGUUGGAGAUGUGUUCAUCAAGAAAAGCGGAUCAACAAAUUCAUGGGCUUCAACUAACAAUGUCAGCCAGGGUAUCAGUGAUUGCAAGGAGAUAUGUAGACAAGAUUGUGCUUGUACUGCUUAUGCUUCUGCACUAUCUGAUGGGUCUGGGUUGAGAUGUAUUGUUAGUGAUCAGAAGAGCAUCAUCAAUAAUCUUUUGCCAUUGAAUAAUGCAUUUUAUGUUGGUAAAUUCUUUAAUGGGCCAGAGAUUGCUGUGAAAAGACUUUCUAGAAGCUCUGGACAAGGAUUGGAGGAGUUCAAGAAUGAGGUUACAUUGAUCUCGAGACUUCAACAUCGUAAUCUUGUUAGAAUUUUGGGUUGUUGUGCUCAAGGAGAUGAGAGGAUAUUAGUAUACAAAUACUUACCAAACAAAAGUUUAGAUACAUUUCUUUUUGAUGAAAUAGGACGAGUUUCGCUAGACUGGAAAAUUCGUGUUAGUAUCAUUGAGGGAAUUGCUCAGGGACUUCAAUACCUUGACAAAUACUCUAGAGUAAGAAUCAUUCACAGAGAUUUGAAAGCUAGCAACAUUUUACUGGGCAAUAAUAUGAACCCAAAAAUAUCUGACUUUGGUACUGCAAGAAUUUUUGGAGACAAUGAAUCUUGCGCAAACACGAACAAAAUUGUUGGAACAUAG